GAGCCCCUUGAAACCUCUUCUGAGCUCUAAACCUCCACAGCUGAGGACACAGGCAGUGUUUUCCUUACCUUGUUGGCAGGGUAUCGCUUUCAGCUGACUCUGGUGGAGCCGCUAUGACUGAAACAACAGGUUACUCGGGGAGUGGGCUUGUCCUUGUUAGAAACCCACACCUGGACUUGAUGGAGGAGGACGUCCUGUACCACUUGGACUUGGGAACCAAGACACACAACCUGCCAGCAAUGUUUGGGGACAUAAAGUUUGUCUGCGUUGGCGGCAGCCCGAACAGGAUGAGGGCGUUUGCGCAGUUCAUGCAGCGGGAGCUGGGCCUGGCGGGUGACGGGGAGGACGUGGCUGACAUCUGUGCGGGGUCGGACCGCUACGCCAUGUACCGGGCAGGGCCCGUGCUCUCCAUCAGCCAUGGAAUGGGCAUCCCUUCCAUUUCCAUUAUGCUUCAUGAGCUGAUCAAACUGCUGCACCAUGCAAAAUGCCGGGACGUUACUAUUAUACGCAUCGGUACUUCUGGGGGCUUAGGGAUCGAGGCCGGGUCUGUUGUGAUCACUGACACAGCCGUGGACUCCUCCUUCCAGCCACGCUUUGAGCAGGUGGUGCUGGACGAUGUGGUGGUGCGGAGCACCGAGCUGGACAAGGACCUUGCGGAGGAACUACUCGCCUGCAGCAGGGACAUUCCCGACUUCCCCACGCUCAUUGGCCAUACCAUGUGCACCUACGACUUCUACGAAGGUCAGGGGAGAUUAGAUGGUGCAUUAUGCUCUUUUUCCAGUGAAAAAAAGUUGGAGUACUUAAGGAGGGCUUAUGACGCUGGCGUGAGGAAUAUUGAGAUGGAGUCCGCAGCAUUCGCUGCCCUGUGUGGGCUGUGUGGCCUCAAAGCCGCCGUCGUCUGCGUGGCGCUCCUGGACCGGCUGGAGGGGGACCAGAUCCGGGCGUCCCACGAGGUGUUGUGGGAGUACCAGCAGCGGCCGCAGCGCCUGAUCGCCGCCUUCAUCCGCAAGCGCCUGGGACUUUUCCCCACGGCCUGACGGUGACGGCACAGGCACGGGGCUCCGCACCGGGAGAGGGACAGCUCCGGGCCCGGCCCGGCCCACGGACCCUGCUCCGGGAACGGGAGAGCUCCGGGAACCGGAGAGCUCCGGGCAGGAGCGGCCGCAGCCAGCGGACACCGCGGGGCGGGAGCUGCCGGCCUGAGCGCGGCUGGAACCGCACAUGGGACACGAUCUGCACUGACCAGAAAUUCAGGCUGUGGAACAGAGCUGCAGGUUUCUCACUCCUGGCUCAGCCGCCCUAAAAGGACUGUCCUGUUAAGGGCACUCCUGCCCACAGCGAUUUUCCAGGAAGGAGAUCCCUUUGCUUUGAGCAUAAAGACAAAACCUAAGUAAAUUACAUGAAAAAUUAACCCAUAUUUGUGCCCAGUAUUGUUAGUGCUGUUAAAAAGGCCGUUCAGAUUUUCAUUCCUACAGUAUUUAAAGAUGUCACAAACAGCCACAUGACAGGAGAGGGGACACUACAGCACCCAGCCGUGGUGAGCUGAGGAGCUGACCUUCAAGCACCGGUUAACAUUGAAGACACUUUUCUCACCACCAAAAUUCACAAAUAAAUAGUCUAUCUUGAAACCAAAUACCUUAAUUUUCACAGAGAAAGUCUCAUCAAACUUUAUAAAAAGUACAAUUGAGAAUGAACUGCCCAUGCUUCAAUCCUGGCAUAAAGACAGCUGAGCUCUGAACUGGCUCUCCUACCCAGCCAAACCCACAAAGCAGGGCUGCAAGUGGUGCAGGUUGAGAAGCCUAUUUACCAUUAACAUUUUUUAAAUUACUAUUUUCAUGUGUGUAACUUGGAAGAUUUCUUUUUGUUUGUUUGUUUGUUUGAGUGUAGAAAGAUGUAUCAUGAAAACCAAGGUCAUUAUAAGCAUCUCCA